AUGUCGAGUUACGAUAGCCGUUGGCACAACUGCCCGUCGCCCAAAACCCGACCCGUCCGUCAGAAACUCAAUUUUACGGCUAGCGACGGCGAGGAUGACACGAUUGAGGACGUCAACGAGUCGGGCUUCAACGAACUGGAUUCCCCGCAUGCUAUGCGAACCAGCUCGGUAGGCUGUGACGAUGGUAGUGGAAGCCCCGGAACGAGGCAGGCUUUCGGGGACGAGAUGUGGGUGGAAGAGGGUUUUGGCUCUCCGUCCCACUUGAUCUCCCCGUGCUCAGAGCUCUUUGCAGUCUGCACGCCGUCUGUGAAGAAGGCACCACGUUUGCAUUCCGCUACACCGGUGCGGUCGUACAGCCGAGCCAGAAAGGAUGAAUCCGGCUCGCCGAUCCGCUCAUGCCCCGACACACCUCCUCACAAAACUCUGAGAAAGCUACGACUUUUUGACACACCGCACACGCCUAAGAGCCUUCUGUCCCGCGUGAAGGAGUCCAGCUUGAAGGGCCCUUUAUUCAAUUCGGCAGAGCAUAAAGUGAUUCUGCCAAGACCUCUCACAGACAGUGGCAAGAGACUUCAUACGCCUGCAGUCAACAUCAACCCCUUCACCCCUGACUCCCUGCUCAUCCAGUCGGCCACACAGCAAAGCAACAACAGAAAGAGGCCACACCGGAACGUCUCUAAUGGUGAAGACAGGGAGGAUAGUGAUGGCGAGGACGAAGAGCAAAUCCUGCCACCAUCCAAGAGGAUCACCAUGAUGGAGAGCAGCAUGAUGUCACGCUACGUCUCUGAGUUUCUGGAGUUGGAGAAGAUUGGCUGUGGCCAGUUUGGCGCUGUUUACAAGUGUGUAAAGCGAUUGGACGGCUGUCUCUAUGCAAUCAAGCGCUCCAAGAAGCCCUUGGCUGGAUCGGUGGAUGAGCAAAAUGCUCUGCGCGAGGUGUACGCUCACGCUGUGCUCGGCCAGCACCGGCACGUAGUACGCUACUACUCUGCAUGGGCGGAGGAAGGCCACAUGCUGAUCCAGAACGAGUACUGCAACGGCGGCACACUGGCAGACGUGAUGGCCGACAACGCCCGGUGCUUCGCCCGCUUUUCAGAGCUGGAGCUGAAAGACCUGCUUCUACAGGUGGCCCGUGGACUUAGGUACAUCCACUCCAUGUCAUUGGUGCACAUGGACAUCAAGCCCAGUAACAUCUUCAUUUCUCGCAAGUCUGUCAGCAGCUGUGAUGAGGGCGAUGAUGAGGAUAUGCUCAACACAAGUGUGGUCUACAAAAUAGGUGAUCUUGGCCAUGUGACGCAAGCCAACAAUCAUCAAGUCGAGGAAGGUGACAGCAGAUAUUUGGCCAAUGAAGUUCUUCAAGAGGACUGCAGCAACCUGGCCAAGGCCGACAUCUUCGCCCUAGCACUGACAGUAGUGAGCGCAGCCGGAGCGGCGCCUCUUCCCAGCAAUGGUGACAGUUGGCACGAGAUCCGGCGGGGGAAACUCCCUGCUGUACCCCAAGUGCUCUCACCAGAGUUUCUCAGCCUCCUUACGUUGAUGAUUCACCCUGACCCCACCGAACGUCCUUCUGCCACUGACCUCAUCCGCCACCCGGUGCUGCUGACAGCAACCAAGACUAGCGCUGAUCAACUGCGAGUGGAAAACAAUGCUCUCAGAUGCAAGAAUGCCCUGUUGGAAAGGGAGCUGCAGAAGGCUCAGCUGGCGAGAGCCUCCAUUGGGGAGACGGGAAAUGGAAGCAGCACCUCCAGGCUUAUUGGGAAGAUGAUGAGUCGCUCUGUUAGCCUCAACAUUUUCUGA